UACAUUUAAAAAAAAAAAAGAAGAUGUUAUACAAUAAGAAAAGCAAAUGUGAAAGGCAUUUCAUUCUAGGCUUAACAGUCUACAUUAACAGUCAACAUUUACUAUUCCACCCCCCCCCAAAAAAACCAAAACAUAUCGGCUAUGUUUGGACAUUUAGAAAACAUACUUAAAAGCCUAAAAAAUAAAAGAAUGAUUCAACCUAAUCUCAUUCUGAUAUUUCUUUCAAAGUGGCAAAAAAGAAAUAUAAGGGAGCAGCACAUGGGGAUUGGAAAUACCCAUUCUGCAUCAAGACGAAAAAAGUGUAGCUGAUCAGCAGAUAUGUUAAAAAUAAAAACGUUUCACUCCCUGGAGAGGAUUUCCUUUUCCUCGCUGCCCCCUACUGGUUAGUAAAGGUUGUGGUUCACAGACCCUGCAAUGAACAGCAGAGAUUAAAUGUGACUAUGACUGGCUGGGACCAACUACACUAUGCUUAACCUCUGACAGUGUAAAACAAAAAAUCUUAGCUUAAUUUUAUUACAGCAGGUUUGACCUGUCACAGUUGGAAAAGCACAGGAACAAACGUAAAUGAUGGUUAUGUUAUAUUCAUGUGUCCCAAGACGCUGUCAUGUGAAUGAGCCAGCAUGUGUAAUAGCAAGAUCAUGACACAGACAGGAAAAAGAUUGUAGCAAUCAUUCAUUUAGUUAUGAUAUAUGUGUGCUUUUCCUACUGUGACAUGUCAAGAUGUCCUUUGUGAAGAAGGCUUGUUGUACAUCCUCUCAGCAGCCUAUAAAUCAGCUGCAUUUGAGAUAAAUUCAAAAACAUCUGUUCAAAUCAAUGAGAUAUGAAGAGUUUUGUAUUAUCUAAUUAACACAAUAUCAUUCUAACAAACAAACACCAUAAUUAAAAUACUUUGCUAGUUCCUGCUUUGCACGUCAGUGAAAAUCACUGUGUCAGAAAUACAGUAGACAUAAUGAUUUAACAAAAUGAAAACACUACCGAAUAAAUACAUUUUGUUUAUCCAGAUACACAGUUUUGCAUAAUCUGUGAGUUAUGAAGAAGGCCUUGUUAUCCACAGCUGAUAAUUGUGACACCAGAUUUUAGUUUGUUGUUAUUUUAAUUUCUGGUUGCUGACACACCAUCUUAAUCCAGAUAAAUUAAAACCUGUGACUAACAAUCAUUCUGUUAAAAAUUGUUUAACAUAAAACUCAUCUGGAGGUGUUUAUUGCCUAAACAAAAAGAGUUGCUGUCCAACAAGAUAACUUUCUGAUAGCACACAGUAAAUUCCAUUAUUUGGUAAAAAUGUAUACACUUUUCAAAGAUCAUAUUGCUUUUUAAACAACUUGAAUGCUAAAAAUCUUGAUUUGUUUAGUUACUGUAAUCACAAAUAAUUGUAGGGAAAUGAAAAGUAAAAUAUUUUUUCUCUGUAUUGUAAUGGAUUAGAAGUGUAAUUUCAAAUACAGGCAAGUUUGAUUUUACUCUUCUCUUGUACUACAUUUCAAAGUUGCUCAGAAGUCAAUAUGGCCUAUUUUCUGAAUCAGGAAAGGUAGCUUUUUAAGGAAGCAUACGCAAUUAUAGCUUUUGAAUCAUUACAAGAUCCAAUUUCCCUUCUUUAUAUAUUGCAAGUUGUCAAUUAUUCACUUGUGUUUUAUGUCUCCAAGCCACCCUGAGCCGUAAAUCCCGGUGGCCGACACUAGAGGCUUUAUCUGCCGCUGGGUCCUCGUCUUGUUUUGGUUAGCUGGAUGUUAGCCCAUGCUUGCUGCUGUAGCCGGUUGUAACGGUGAUGGCUCUCCCAUGAGGCGGAGGACCGGGACUGUGUUUUUGGACUAAAAGGACGGACGCUAAAGGAAGUGCCGUGGCCAUGGCAGGGGUUUUCGACAUCGAUUUGGAUCAACCGGAUGAGAACGUCUCUGACGACGAACUUGAGGACGGGGGCCAGCUCAGUGAAUACAUGGACCAAUGCAGUGGCUUUGAAUUUAACAUGGAUGACUGUGAGAAGUUUGAAAUUUCAGAGAACAGUGUGAACAAGGGAACAGAGCAGAUCAGGCCUGAGUGCUUUGAGCUGUUGAAAGUUUUGGGAAAAGGUGGCUAUGGAAAGGUGUUUCAGGUUCGGAAGGUGUCAGGUGCCACCUCCGGAAAGAUAUUUGCUAUGAAAGUUUUGAAAAAGGCAAUGAUUGUGCGAAAUGCGAAGGACACGGCGCACACUAAAGCUGAGAGGAACAUUCUGGAGGAGGUGAAGCACCCGUUCAUUGUGGACCUCAUCUAUGCCUUCCAGACGGGGGGAAAGCUGUACCUUAUUCUGGAGUAUCUGAGUGGAGGGGAGCUGUUUAUGCAGCUGGAAAGAGAGGGUAUCUUCAUGGAAGACACAGCAUGUUUCUACCUGGCUGAGAUCUCCAUGGCAAUGGGUCACUUGCACCAGAAAGGCAUCAUCUACAGAGACCUGAAGCCUGAGAACAUCAUGCUCAACAACAACGGACAUGUGAAGUUGACAGACUUUGGUCUAUGCAAAGAGUCGAUCCAUGACGGGACAGUCACGCACACCUUCUGUGGGACUAUUGAGUAUAUGGCUCCGGAGAUCCUGAUGAGGAGCGGACAUAACCGAGCAGUAGACUGGUGGAGUUUAGGCGCUCUGAUGUAUGACAUGCUGACAGGCGCGCCCCCAUUCACCGGUGAAAACCGAAAGAAGACGAUUGACAAAAUUUUAAAAUGCAAACUCAGCCUUCCACCUUACCUCACACAAGAGGCCAGAGACCUUUUGAAAAAGCUGCUUAAACGAAAUGCCUCGUUGCGACUUGGGGCUGGACAGGGAGAUGCUGCUGAAGUCCAGGCCCAUCCAUUCUUCCGGCAUAUCAACUGGGACGACCUUCUUGCUCGCAAAGUGGAGCCUCCAUUCAAACCAUACCUGCAAUCGGCAGAUGAUGUCAGCCAGUUUGACUCCAAGUUCACCAGCCAGACUCCGGUGGACAGCCCCGACGACUCCACGCUCAGCGAGAGCGCAAAUCAAGCCUUCCUGGGCUUCACGUACGUAGCUCCAUCUGUGCUGGAAAAUGUCAAGGAGAAGUUCUCUUUCGAGCCAAAGGUGCGCUCGCCAAGGAAGUUCCCGGGAAGCCCCAGAACACCUGUGAGUCCCUUGAAGUUUGUGGGCGGGGACUGCUGGCCCCGGGGGCCCCCGCUGACCGGCCGCCCUGUGGAGCAGCCCAUGGAAGUGUCAGCAGUGGAGCAGAUGGACACGAGCGGCAGCGGCGCCUCCGAGGUGUCUGCGCCGCUUCCCAUCAGGCAACCCUCAGGCCUCAAUGCAGGGCCUUACAAAAAGCAGACCUACCCCAUGAACUCUAAACGGCCCGAACAUCUACGGAUGAACCUAUGACGCACGGCUCGCCUACGAACCUCCUCUUCCCUUUUGUCGUUUUGUUCAAAGAGACUUGUAGAAUUUCUUUUUUAAAUUGACUGACACUGUCUGUGCUGAUCACCAGCUCUUCCACUAGCGCCUUCCUGUCCUGCUGCUCCUGAUGCAGACCAUCAACAGCUGAAGAUGUAUGGUCAGUCGGGGAAGUAGUGUGAGAGUUGGCUGGGUAAUGCCUGCUGAGGAGUGUGCUGAGGGGGCGUUAUCAUAUGAUUUAUUGGUGCUCUUUUAUCCUUAAGUCUGGACAAAGUACUUUUAGUGUUAACGAGUCAGUGUCUGCAGAGAAUUUACUAAAAGGGGCAUUUUCUCUGCCAGGCUUCUUCAUUUUUUUUCGCAGUCAUAACUUGCAGGCUACACUAUCUGUAGGGAGAAUUAUUUUCAGAUACCAAUUCCUCAGUGAACACAGUAUUCCUUUUGUUUGAGGAAAACAAUCACAAUGCCUUUGUCACUGGAGCAUGUGGUCAGGAGUAGGCGGAGCACGAAUAACGGAAAAGCAGCUAUAAAAAGACAAGUGAAAUCUCAGCUGAAAACAUAUCUUCCACCACAAUCAAUACCAAAUGCUGUCGCUGCUUUAGUCGUCUGACUGGAAAGCUUUCCACUGAAGCCUGACCAGAAGCACUGUUCAGUUUCUGUUGUUUUGAAUGUAAACAGACUCUAAAUGCCUUUCUGCAUAAAUCUCCUGCCCCUAGCUGGAAUGACGCCUGCAGCAUUAUGUUUUAAAGUAUCUAUUCGUUCAGGUGGACCCAGAAUAGGCGCAUGCAAACUGACAUCACUGAGUUUAAUUGAUUCGGGCGGUCUUCAUGUCUGAUGCUCCGGGUGUUUAACGUUUGCUUUCGGGUAGGGCUGUACCGAAUAUUACAAAGCUUCAAAACAUGGACAUUGAGAUUAUAAAGCAACAUUCAGUACUCUUUAUAUGUUUUAUUCCAUUCAUCCUGUUUAAAAACUGUGUUUUAGACUACACUAAUGUAAUUAGUACUGUACUAUUGGUAGAGUUAGAUGCCAGUUGUGGCUGGGUAGGAUGUUUUCUGACUGAUCUAAACAUUCCAAAUAACUACACAAAAGUCCCAAAAUAUAGAUGCAAUCAUUUCUAAUAUAUACAACAUGUUUUUGUUUAACCAUAUAUUCUGCUAACAUCUAUAUUUGUUGGUGGUGAGCCUUUCAAAAACAUUUUGACCACACCAGUAUCAACAGGGCUGUCUAACAGCGUCAUACAUUGCAUUUCUAUAACCACAAUAACAAGAAUGUAUUUCUGCUAGAACACUAUUAUACUAGAUUACUGUAAAGGGUCAGAUUAUGUUAUUUCAUUUGCUUGACACUCGUCUGUCGAAGAAAUGGCUUUAUCAAAAGACUUUUAUUAUAAAUUCAACGACAUUCGGUACAGCCCUAUUCUUUUUGAAUUUGCAGUGAGAGGGAUCUCCAUGGUAGGGGGAUCAACUCAGACUUGAGGAAUGGACCAUCUGUUAAACACUGAGGUGUAUUAUCUGUGAGUUGAGCUUCUCUGUAGAUUCCCAUGAGGCUAACGGAAAAUGUAGUGGAUGAACCCUGACUUCAGUUUUCGAAUGGCUCCCUGUGUUAUCCAAAUACUUUACUGAUGAAUGAAUUUACUGAAUGAAUAGACCAAAAGCACUGUUACAAUGAACCAAAUGAUUUGAAAUGAGAACAGCAAAGGUCAAACACUCAUAUUGGAUCAGAUUACGCUCCAUGUUGAUGCUCACAGGAGCGGUUAGUGUGUAUUUGUAUGGGAAUGUGUAACCUAGCUGCAGCUAGCAUAGAUCCAGUUUCUAGUGUGGGUCGAUUGAUUUUUUUUCCUUCCACCAUUCCUGUACAACAUUUGUGUUUAGUCACUCCCCUUUUUACUCUAACUUUCUUUCCUUGUGAUAUUUAUUUUUUGUUUCCACUGCAUUGUUCACACUAUGCAAACCAUGUAUUUAUUAUGUAGUGUUAUUUAGAUAAGGCAGCAGAUAAUGUGAUGAUUGAUUUGGCAUUUUGUCAGAUUUUACUUCUGGCUUUAUACUUUACUCAGAAGCAUGUAAAGUAUGAUUUUACUUCCCCAGAAUAUGUCUUACAGCAGUUUUAUUUUCGUCCCAAAUAUAGAACAGCGACCUAUUCCUCUGAAAGUAUUUAUUGUAUAACGGGGAUUUUCAGAACAUAAUGUCUUAAGACUUUCCUGCUGAAAACUUGAACUUUUUAUUUUUGCAGUGCUUAAAGCAAGGGCAGAAAAACACUGAUCCAAUACCAAGGAUGUUCAUCUGAGUGGGAUCAUUUCCGUGUGAGUAGAUUGUAUGAAAGAGAUGGGGAGAUUCACGUGGAUACACUGCUUCUGUGCAGGUAUACCUGAGGAUCCUCCAUACAGGAUGUGAACUGCUUACUUCAGGUGGGAAACACCUAUUUUGAAUAAAAUCACCAGUGGGAAUUAAAUAACAAAA